GCCUCAAUGGUGAGAGGCCCUUUCUCACAAAGUCCGUUCUUUUUGUCCGAACAAUUAGUCUAUAAAAAUAUUUAUGAGCACGUCUUGUUUAUGGUGUCGUUCACACCAAUUGCAAAAUAUCGUCCUGCCGCAAUCUGUCAAUUAUUUAUACAGGUUGGAUUUUUGUGUCUUUUCGCAUGCGAAAAUAAGCUGUUGACCAAAAUAACGCACACUGCCACUGAUAGGUCUGGGGAUUCUUUGUGUGAAUAAAAUAAUACAUUUCUCUCUGACAGUUCUCUCUUGACACAUUUGCAAUGUGUCAAGUUUAGCCAAUGGGAUCACGCUGUUCUCACCCAUUCAAACUACCCCGCCAGUUCAUUGCCAACGCUGUCGCCUAUUUUAUAGCCAUUUAGCAAUUAAGGGUAUCGAUCUAUGCUUCUAUGCCUGGUAGCCUAUAUAUAGUUUUAAAAAAUUGCUUGAAAUAAGUUUCAAACUACAGUUGAAGUCGGAAGUUUGCAUACACUUAGAGGAAUGGGCCAAAAUUCACCCAACUUAUUGUGGGAAGGUUGUGGAAGGCUACCCAAAACGUUUUGACCCAAGUUAAACAAUUUAAAGGCAAUGCUACCAAAUACUAAUUGAGUGCAUGUACACUUCUGACCCACUUGGAAUGUGAUGAAAGAAAUAAAAGCUGAAAUAAAUCAUUCUCUCUGCUUUUAUUCUGACAUUUUACAUUCUUAAAAUGAAGUGGUGAUCCUAAAUGGCCUAAGACGGAAUUUUUACUAGGAUUAAAUGUCAGGAAUUGUGAAAAACUGAGUUUAAAUGUAUUUGGCUAAGGUAUAUGUAAACUUCUGACUUCAACUGUAUAUAUAUGUAUUAUAUGGUCUGCUAAAGUGAAUCUGUGCUAUAGGCUGAGUAAAUAUCUGCCAGAUUUAACCCUUAUCAAUAAGUGGUUGCACAGAUUUAGAUAAAGCACUCUACUUUAAUUAAAAAUGUAGUGUCAACAUAACUACCCAUUGCUUCACAAACAUGGAUCAACGGCCGAUCGUUGGGCUGUGGAUCGACGGCCGAUCGUUGGGCUGUGGAUCGACGGCCGAUCGUUGGGCUGUGGAUCGACGGCCGAUCGUUGGGCUGUGGAUCGACGGCCGAUCGUUGGGCUGUGGAUCGACGGCCGAUCGUUGGGCUGUGGAUCGACGGCCGAUCGUUGGGCUGUGGAUCGACGGCCGAUCGUUGGGCUGUGGAUCGACGGCCGAUCGUUGGGCUGUGGAUCGACGGCCGAUCGUUGGGCUGUGGAUCGACGGCCGAUCGUUGGGCUGUGGAUCGACGGCCGAUCGUUGGGCUGUGGAUCGACGGCCGAUCGUUGGGCUGUGGAUCGACGGCCGAUCGUUGGGCUGUGGAUCGACGGCCGAUCGUUGGGCUGUGGAUCGACGGCCGAUCGUUGGGCUGUGGAUCGACGGCCGAUCGUUGGGCUGUGGAUCGACGGCCGAUCGUUGGGCUGUGGAUCGACGGCCGAUCGUUGGGCUGUGGAUCGACGGCCGAUCGCUGGGCUGUGGAUCGGCGGCCGAUCGCUGGGCUGUGGAUCGGCGGCCGAUCGCUGGGCUGUGGAUCGGCGGCCGAUCGCUGGGCUGUGGAUCGGCGGCCGAUCGCUGGGCUGUGGAUCGGCGGCCGAUCGCUGGGCUGUGGAUCGGCGGCCGAUCGCUGGGCUGUGGACAGAAAGUUUCCUAUAACAGGCCUAGCCUGUCUGGACUGCAUCUCUUUAAUCAGAUGGAAAGAGAACUGUAAGCAGCAAGCGUCAUGAUGGUCAGCAUUUUUGCGUGGAAUGACGACAGGUGCCGGUUUUGCAUUUUCUCGCGUAAUAAAUGGGGUGGACUGAAUGAAACGUGGCCAAGCACCUUUCAUGAUUCAUCCUAUAAAAUGAUAAAAGUAUAGUAAAGCUUAACCUAAUGUUUGCCUUAUCAUAUUGUUUUUCCAGUGGUAUAUGAUUUUUCUCUCAUUAUUGUGUCCUCUCCAGCCACUUUGAACAACAUAUUGCCACAGAGAAUGACCGCAGCAGUGUUGGUGACAUUAUGCGAAUUUUGGAGGAAAGUGGGGGGGGGGAAACACACCAUAGUUGGUGUGAAUGGUUCAUUGCAGGGGUGUCCAACUCAUUCCACGGAGGGCCUAGUGCAGGGUUCCCCAACUGGUGUCCCUCGGCUGAAUCUAGUUGAAAAUCCCUGGCUUAGUGUCUGCAGGUUUUGGGGUUUUCCUUUUUAAUGAAGACCUAGACAACCAGUUGAGGGGAGUUCCUUAUUAAUUAGUGACUUUAUUUCAUCAAUCAAGCACAAGGGAAGAGCAAAAAUUCACAGACACUCAGCCCUAUGUGGAAUGAGUUUGAGAACUUGUUUAGUGCGUCAACAUCGGAAUCUGUGUAUAUAUA